UACACAUGAUUUUGUACAGCGGUUAAUGGUUUUGUUUAUGAUUAAAGCAUACUUCAAGAUUUUCGCGCAAAAAUAAAUGCAAAGAAAUUUUAUUAGCAAAUAUGAGCGAAAUAAAAUCUACGCGUUCUUCUAAAUCAGAAACCAAAUUAAAUGAUUCAACAAAAGACAAUAAAACGGUUAAAGCAUCAUCUAUAAGAAAAGUAUUUUAUAUUGCCGAUUCUUUACUGGAAAAUGCCGAUAAUGAAUUGCGAUUGGAACGCUUCUUUCAUCCGGGCAAAGGUACUACCGCGCUAUUUAUAACAUGUUCCAAUAAAAUCAUUAUGGAAGUAUUACAGUUCUCUGAACCACGACGAAGUUGGCUAAUAGAUUCAAAUGUAUGUUCCAAUGGACGUAUUUAUGUUACUACACCGAUUGAUGUCACAUUUUUGGCAAUACAUCAUAUACGCAAGCAUUGCACCCAAAGAGCACUGGAAUUACAUUGCAUGCAAAGUGAAGAUUUAAGCACUUCUCGCCUGCUUACGACUUUUGUAGACAAAGACACAUUAGGUUGCGUAGCUGAUGUUAAAAGAAUAGCUGGUUCCAAAACGGUGUUUUAUAAGUACAAUGCAGAAAAAACGUUAGCUUGGUUAGCGCUUAAAACCCGAAACAUUGCGAAUGUGCUUAAAAGCAAAGGAAUUUAUUGCGGACUGAGCGCCGUGUCACAUAAUUACACUCCCAGCGAGAAUUCAACAGCUGAAGAUCUGAUUAACGAUAUUGACUAUUUGCGUAUGGCGUGUGAUAUUGUUGGUGGUUAUAUUGACUUGGAUUUACACGACGAGCUCACUAAAUAUUUUGAAAUACAACCGGAAAUAAAGGCCAUCGUUGAGGAGCAGAAACAGGCAAAUAAACGAAAAUCCUUGCAAUCACUUAAUUCAAAUGAUAAUAAAAAAAUUAAACUUGAAAACACGAAUGAUACAAGUGCUAGUGGAAAAUUAAAAAAUAGUAGCCUAUUAGAUGACUCACUGGAUGAUGAUAAAUCUAAUAUAAUCGUUAAUGAUGUACCAAAGGCACCAGCACCUAAGGAGCGCGUACUCACAGCUAAGGAGAAAGCAUUAGCCAAAAGCGCAAAGGGAACAAAAAGCAUAUCUUCAUUUUUCAAGAAAUAAAUCUUAAGUUAUUUUUAGUUAAGGAUGAUAUGUAAUAAUCUUCACUUUAAGUACAUUUAUUGUGUAAUCGUUAUUAUUAUAUUUAGUAAAUAUCAUUAGAUUUGAA